AGUGCGCAGACGCGCCCGGAGCUGCUGGGCGUUUCUGCAGCUGUCGGGGGGUAAUCGGUGGACCGUAUUAAACAACACAAAUUCCAGAUGUUUGAAGGAUCAAACGGUGAUAUUUUCUGCGUAUUGAACUGAUUCAUCAUACAGAGAAGUGAGGCACAAGACACGGACCUUUGGAUCGCACCAUAACCUGCUCACCUAUGAUUAAAUGACAUCCAACAUCAUCUAAACCAGGUCUUUGGUGUCAGUCAGAUCAUAAAAAAACAACACAGGAAAAAUGGAGGCCAUGAUUGCCACAGGAAUGGCCGCCAAACUCCGGAGUCAGUGGGACAGAGAUGAAGGUUUGGGUCAGAAUCACAAUGCCGUGAAGUUCCUGGGACAAGAUUUUGAGUCACUAAGGGGUCAGUGCCUCCAGAACAGGACAUUGUUUGAAGACUCAUUGUUUCCGGCCACUGGAACUUCUCUGGGUUUUAAAGAGUUGGGCCCACAUUCCUCUAAGACGCAUGGUGUGCGAUGGAUGAGACCGACGGAGAUUUGCAUGCGUCCUCAGUUUAUCAUGGAUGGAGCUACUCGUACUGACAUCUGUCAGGGAGCUCUGGGUGACUGUUGGUUGCUGGCGGCCAUCGGGUCUCUGACUCUGAACGAUAACCUCCUGCACCGCGUGGUGCCUCAUGGACAAUGCUUUGACAGAGGCUACGCUGGAAUUUUUCACUUUCAGUUUUGGCAGUUUGGUGAAUGGGUUGACGUGGUGAUUGAUGACCGGUUGCCUGUGAAGGAUGGGAAGCUGUUGUUUGUACACUCCGCAGAAGGCGGAGAGUUCUGGAGCGCACUGCUGGAGAAGGCCUAUGCCAAGCUAAACGGCUGUUAUGAGGCUCUCUCUGGUGGAAGCACAUCUGAGGGGUUUGAAGAUUUUACCGGCGGGGUCACAGAGAUGUACGAGUUGAUAAAAGCGCCGCCUGAUCUCUUCAGCAUCAUUGGCCGGGCCAUCGAGAGAGGCUCACUUCUGGGCUGUUCUAUUGACAUCACCAGUAAGUUUGACAUGGAGGCAGUGACCUUCAAGAAGCUGGUCAAAGGUCAUGCUUACUCUGUGACAGGAGUGGAGGAGGUGCUCUACAGGGGAAACAUGACUAAACUGGUGCGUAUCAGAAACCCCUGGGGUGAAGUGGAGUGGACAGGAGCCUGGAGCGAUGACUCUCGAGAAUGGGACAGUGUGGACAGGUCAGUUAGAGGCAGAUUACAGAACCGCAGUGAGGAUGGAGAGUUCUGGAUGUCGUUCAGUGACUUCCUGCGGGAGUUCACCCGGUUGGAGAUUUGUAAUUUGACAGCAGAUGCUCUGCAGGCAAGUCAGGUGAAAAAAUGGAGCACGUCGCACUAUCACGGGGAGUGGAGGAGGGGCAGCACGGCCGGCGGUUGUAGAAACUUCCCAGCCACAUUCUGGAUCAACCCUCAGUUCAAGUUGACCCUACAGCAUCCUGAUUCUCCCGGCCAAUCAGAGUGCAGCUUCCUGGUGGCGCUGAUGCAGAAAGAUCGCAGGAAGAAGCGAAAAGAAGGAAAAGACAUGGAGACCAUCGGAUUUGCCAUUUACGAGGUUCCGAGAGAGUUUGUGGGUCAAACAGGUGCGCACCUGAAGCGCGAUUUUUUCCUUAGUCACGCGUCCAGCGCCCGCUCGGAACUCUUCAUCAACCUGAGGGAGGUGAGCUCUCGUUGCCGACUGCCGGCGGGCGAGUACAUCAUCGUCCCAUCCACCUUUGAGCCCAACAAAGAUGCCGACUUUGUCCUCCGAGUAUUCUCAGAGAAACCCGCCAACUCCGAAGAAAUGGAUGAUAAAGUCACAGCUGACAUUCCCGAAGAGCAACGUCUGGAUGAGAGUCAAAUUGAUGCUGCCUUUAAGAAUCUCUUCAGACAGUUGGCUGGAGCGGACAUGGAAAUCAAUGUUACAGAGCUGCAAACCAUACUGAACAGAAUUAUCGGCAAACAUAAAGAUUUGAAGACAGACGGCUUUUGUAAGGAGGCCUGCCGUAGCAUGAUCAACCUCAUGGAUACAGAUGGCAGCGGGAAACUCGGACUCACGGAGUUCCAUGUGUUGUGGGAAAAGAUUAAACGUUACCUGUCAAUCUUCAGGGAGCAUGAUCUUGAUAAAUCUGGAACUAUGAGCUCUUAUGAGAUGCGAAAAGCUCUGGACUCAGCAGGAUUUAAGCUCAACAAUCAUCUAUUCCAGCUGAUUAUUAUUCGCUACACAGAAGAAGACCUUACUGUGGAUUUCGACAACUUUGUCACCUGUUUAGUGCGAUUGGAGACCAUGUUCAAGACCUUCAAGACUAUGGACACAGACGGUGAUGGAAUCAUGUCACUCACAUUCUUUCAGUGGAUCUCUUUGACCAUGUUUGCCUGAAAUCGACUCAGAUUCUUGUCAAGUGCCUGCAUCUUUGUCUCCGGUUGGGUUCACAUCCAAAGAUUACCUUCAUUUUUACACUUAUUGUAUUUACUAAGACAUAAAAAUGAUGCUGUUUACAUGCUUAAGCCUAAAAGGUCAUUUCCAAUUAUGAGUAUUUCUAAAGCCAACAGAAAAUCAACAGAACUUUUAAUAAAUUAUUAACUUUUUUAAUAAUUUUUGUUUAACUGGACUGUCAAACAAAACCCUUGGCACACUUUCUGUGCCAAGCCAACCAGCUACUUAUAGCCAAUUUCAAUCAUUCUUGCAGCCCUCUGUCAGCGUUUUGUGAAAUUACCUUGCUCAUUACACAUUUUAUUUUUUCUAUAAAUGUUGCACUGUUAAAGUUGAAAUCAAUUACAGUAGUAGUAGUAGUAGUAGUAGUAAGUCAUUUCUGCAGCACUUUCUAUGCAACGUAAACAGAAUUUGCAAAAAAAAAGCUUAAUUGGUUUACUAUGCAUGUUUCACGCAUGUACUUGAAACUUAUAGAAUGUGUUGAACCGAAUACAUAUGUGCUGUGUUUAAAAUGCUGAAAGGGACUUUUAUUUUGUAUACAUUCCAGUAGUUUAUAUAAGGAAUGGUUCAAGAUGCCCAUUAACUAUAAGGCUGAAAAAAGGUAAAUUAGGGAAUAAAAAAGGUGGAGGAAAUUAUUUGUGUGAUUUUUCUUUUACUCGGUAUUGAUGAUUUUUAAUAAAAAAAGGGAAUCUUUUAGGGCGGUCAAAAGUUUAACUGUAUCCACAAAAAAAGUUUGUGUUUACAUAAUACAAACCCGAUUCCAAAAAAGUUGGGACACUGUACAAAUUGUGAAUAAAAACAGAAUGCAAUGAUGUGGAAGUUUCAAAUUUCAAUAUUUUAUUCAGAAUACAACAUAGAUGACAUAUCAAAUGUUUAAACUGAGAGAAUGUAUCAU